GCAAUACCGGCUGGAUAUAUCAACACUCAGUCGACGUGCGUCCUACUUCAUAACUCUUGGAACAAUACAGGUGAACUGCGGCGCUGACAGAUAUAUACGGAACCGGGGCAAACGGUCGGUGCUACUGCUGAUGCUGAUUCAAGCUCUGCCUGGGUGGAUAUUGUAACGUUACUCGCUCCCGGCGAGUUUCAUGACUCAGUCUCUGCCUUCGAGAGGAGACGCAGAACUGCCUUCAACGCAAGGAGAAACGCAACAGGAGGAAGAACCGCACCGUCACGGCUCCAACACCAGACUCGACAUCCACCUGCAGCUACUGUGGCCCUGUGGUAGUGUGCCUGUCACGCACCGGCCUUGUCAGCCACUAGCGAGCUUGCAGCAGAAGUGGGAAGGCCGGCCCCUGAAAUCUUCGAUAACGAAGCCAAGCCAACACUCGCUCCACGGCAUUUCUUGACUACAGAACAAUGAAUAGCAAGGUCGGAAACGGCAGCGCGAACUUCUCUGGAACGUCUUCCACGACAACGACAGUGUCGUACCGCAGCGUCCCUGCCAACGCGACGGCCCCGUCCCUCCCGUACCCAGGGUACCGCGGGCCCGCCGCCUUGCCCGCCUGGCUCCAGGCUCUGGCCUCCGUGACGCUGGUCUUCAUGAUCACCGUCGGAAUCUUCGGUAACAUCCUCAUCCUCAUCGUCAACAGGUACAUCAUGAAGAGGAGAAAGACGUGGCCGACCGUCUUGCUGCGGUGGCUGGCCUGGACGGACGUCCUCAACUGUUCCAUCGGCCUCGUCAUCCCGCUGGUGGGGUACUUCGUGGACGUGUACUCCGUCGCCGCCUUGUGCGACCUGAACGGAAUCGUGCUGUUCGGACUCAGCGUCGCCUCGCAACUCAUCGUGGCCCUCAUGAGCGCGGAGCGGUGCCUCUCCCUGCUCAAACCCUUCGCCUACGAGGCGCACUUCGGUCCCGACAGCGUGAAAAUGUACUACAUCCUCGGCGGCAUAGUUCUGUACUCUCUAAUCGUGGCCUUACUCCCGACGUUCGGACUGAACAGAAACGUGCCGCACUACCCCUACACGUUCUGCAUGUUCGACUUCACGGACACGACCCCCGGAGGACGCUUUGUCGUGUACCUGAACUUCAUCAACCUGAGCGGAUGUCUGGUGAUCAUACUGGUGGCGAACGUCCUGAUCGCCGUGUACGCCUGGCGGUUUCGCCAGGUGUUCCCUACACCUGAGGAAGACGGCGAGGGGACAGAUUCCGACGGGAGACGCGGGUCCAGACGACGCCAGGUGACGCAUGACAGGAGGCUGCAGACGAGACUAGCCAAGCUGACUCUGGCCGUGGCGACGUGCUUCACUAUGUGCUGGCUGCUCUUCGCUGUGCGUAUCCUGACGAACCAGCUGCAGGUGUGGUUGGACGAUGACGUGGACUUCCUGGCGGCCCGUCUGAUGUCCUUCAACAGCGUCAUCAACCCCCUGCUGUACAUCGCCAUCUGCCGGCCGUACCGCAGGGGAUGCUGGGUCAUCCUGCUCACGGCGUUCCACUACCUCACCUGCCGGGGCGCCAGGAAGCCCGACACCACGCUGAACCAGUCUGUCGCCUAAACCCCCGUGUUAGCCUAUACCAG